CUCUGCUGGACUGUGUACAUAUGAAAAACGUAGUGGACUAUGUUCCAUUCGUCUAAGCGAGCCACUACUAAAGCUAAGACCGAGGAAGGAUCUCGUUGAGACACUGCUGCAUGAGAUGAUCCAUGCCCUGCUUUUUGUUACCGGUAACUACAACGAUCGUCAAUCUCAUGGACCAGAGUUCCGCAAACACAUGCGUCGCCUUAAUCGCUUGACUGGAGCCAAUAUCACAAUCAGUCAUGAUUUUCAUGAUGAGGUAGAUUUGUACCGCCAGCACUGGUGGCGAUGCAAUGGCCCCUGUCGAAAUAGAAGCCCUUACUUUGGAUAUGUGAAACGCUCGAUGAAUAGAGCACCCUCUGCACGAGACAUUUGGUGGGCUAGUCAUCAGGAGACGUGUGGAGGUACAUUCACAAAAGUGAAGGAGCCAGAGGAGUACUCGAAGAAAUCCAAGGAGAAAACUCAGCCAGCAAAACUUCCAAAUUCUGACUCAGCUAACAAAGGGAAGACACAAGUGUAUGGUAUGCAAGAUAUGAUGCCUUUUAGUGGAAAGGGAUAUCGGCUUGGAGGAGGAGACAGUGGAUGCUCAGAAGAACGCACAAAUUCCAGCAGCAGUGUUAGAGAAACACCUGGUUCACAGCAUCGUUCAGCAGUAGGGACAACACCAGUCCCUAAAAAUGAGAUAAUAUUUGAAAAAUCACCCCGUAGUGGCGUCUUCUUUCCACUUUAUCCUAAUGAUACCAGUGAGAGAAUCAACUUAGCUUCAAAGCAUGAGUUUCCUAAACUCUCAGUUGCUAAUACGAAAGUUUAUGAGAAUGUUGGUGGACCACCUGCUAAAACUGCUCGUGUUAUGGAAGAACAAUCAAACCAAAGUUCUGCAUAUGGCAGGAUGGUUAUGCCGUUUUAUGACAGGCCACCGAAACAAAGUUAUUUUGAGCAGGUAAGAGCAGCUCAGGUUGCAUCUGAGAAAAAAAGGUCACAGUUGACUAAUACGCUGCAGCAAUGGCCAAAAAUGGAAGACCAAACUGCUUUUGGAAACUAUUUCAUUAAAAAAGGGAGUACUGAUGUCACUUUAAAUACACCUACGAAAACCAAAGCUGAACCUACAGUGUCCUCUGCAAGUUCCAGCACUGCUGCAAGACAGGAUGAAAAAGUCACUUGUCCUGCUUGCCAGACUGAGGUUUUGGAGUCUGAAAUAAAUGAACACCUUGAUUCUUGUCUUUCAUAAAACCUUCCAGAAAGCUGUCUCAAAGAUAAACCAGGACUGAAAACUGGUUUUGCUUGA